ACCACAACGCUGGCAGUACAUACCAGCGCCGUGCGCGGUCACGAACGUGUGCAGUGUUCACGCGGUAAAAAUAUCGAACCAAAAAGUAUUUGAUCGAAUUUAAAAUUCGAAUACGACAAGUGUUGUGACAGUGAUUAUUGUGGAAGUACUAUCUGUAUUUAAAUAAGUGAUUGUUACGUAAAGAUCUACAACGUCACACAAGAUAUUAAUAUCAGUAACCUACAAACUACUUACAAGAUUGGAUCAUGACAGAUUAGGAGUGACCACAGACGCAAAAUUAAAAAUGUUGCGGUUGCCGCGCAUUUGAAAAUGACAGGUCACUGACACAGAUUCAAAAUGGCGCAUAAACUAAAGAAUAAUCACUACGUCGCUACCCACCGGUCUGGCGUUGAUUCUCCUUCCUCGGGUGGAUUUCCGCACAGAGCAUCAUCACGAGAUGAGAAUGACAGCCAUCGGGCGCCCUCGGAGAGGACUUUAUCGGAAUAUACGGUAAUGGACGAACGCACGCGCUCCCCGUCUGAGCGUAAUGGUAGGAGACAUACCAAUGGCUCACCAAGGGCUGACUCUGCAUCGGAAGUCUACGUGACCAGCGCUGCUUACAGACCACCUUCGGAGAUCAGUCGACAAUCUCGUGCGCCAAGGAGUGUGUAUUCAUAUCGAAGUGGUGUGGCGCCAUCUGUCGCGUCUACACAUCGCUCCAAAGUCUCCCGAAAAGCUGGGGUAAAAGUGGACGCUAUGGCCGCACCAAACCCAUUUUGUCCCAACGUAAAGGGUAUGUGCUGUCUGAUGCUACUUCUGAACCUGGGAUUGAUCCUCGUCACACUGGGUUUCGUUAUAGUACUGCAGUUCUUUGAACCAUUGUUUGUUUGGAUCCUGGGUAUAAUCUUCCUUAUAUUUGGAUUCAUCACACUCGUGGGCAGUCUUAUAUAUUGCGUGGUGCUCUGCCGGGAGAACCCUUACCCGCAGUACCCUGACGACUUCUAUUGGACCCACCACUGGUCCAAGACCAUAGGGCCUUCGGAGAUACACUACAGUGCGAGCGAGAAACCGUAUAGACACGAUAGAUAUAAUAAGUACAACGGUAAAUAUUCGGAUAGGGAAAGUGCUAAAUUUUCAGAUAGAGAGAGUAAGCUAAGUAGGUAUUAAGACAACUUUUUUUGGAAGUACCCUCUUAUUCAUAAAAACUAGUCUACACUAUUUUAACUAUAUUAAUAGAGUUAAAGCAAAGAGAGACACAUCAAUAAAGGUAAGUUAUUAGUCGAUACUAAGCCGGAUUAAAGCAAGUAUUAACGUUAAAAAAAAAAUUAUUUAGUACAUCCAGAAUGCUGUCUUACAAAACAUUUUUAUUAAUUAAAUAAUAUUCAACAAAUUUAAAAUUUCAUUUGAUGUUACGCUUGUGUGUAAGCUUUCUACUCUUUCUCUCUUAUUGGGAGAUCAUAUAGUCGUCCUGUUUUGGAGGCUGGCUACGAGAAUUUUCUGAACCAUAUUCACUUGAGUAAAAUGAAAAUAGUAUUAGAUUUAGUAUGAAUAAGGGGGUGAGACAAAAAAGGACCCAGUCUUUUUCAAUUCGCCUUUUUGGCAUCAGAAACUUCUUUAAUAGCCCCGGGUAAAUGUUGAGUUAGACCCCAAAGCUACGCAGUUACUGUGUCCUGUCUCGGCGAUUGGUGGUACCGCUGAGGGGUUUUAGUGGGUAACAGAGUACCGGAGAUAAGAGUGUAUGAAAUUAGUUAAUGUAUGUACGAAGUUAUUUUUAAAAGACUUUUAUUAUCCUGCGAUGUAAAGGCAUAUAAAAAUAACGCCAAUUAAUUAUAUUGCAAUCGAUGCGCACAUCAACAUGAUUUGUUGUCGGAAAGUCCAUAAUUUUAGUAAGAAGUAAAAUCUAUCUAUUGCUUUGUCAAGUUAAAUGCAGAGAAGUUUUGUAAGAUUUAAUAAAUUUACGCAGAAUUUUUACAUUUUUAUCUCGAACGACUCGAGACUUCCGUGUUAUAUUUUUGAUACUUAAAAAUGUAUGGACAUAAUGAAUAUUUUAUUUUGAGAUGUAAAAAAGCUUUACUGACAUAUAUACUAACUUAGUUAUAAGAUCAAAAUUGCAAGAAUUUACUUUGCUAGAUAAAAGUACUUUAGAUAGGCAUGAUAAUAAUUAUUAUAAACACACCUUUAAAAUGUGUAAGCCCAAGGUGUAAGAUUCAAAUGUCAAACCGUUUACGAGAAUUUAAAAUAAAAAUCAAACAGUCUAGCAUAAAGUUAAAUUAUAGGAAUAUUUUUUGUCUGUGGUGUAAAAGUAAGGCUGCUAAAAACCUAAUAAAUUUUAGGCAAACGGGAAUCAUAGUUCGGGCCAAGUCUCGUUUCUGAAUUUAAUCUUGUCUAAAGUUUACUUGAAACUAUUAUACUAAAAGAUGUUAUUAUUUUUAUUAUAUAUAUAUUAAGAUCUAAGAUUAUUUUAUUUAUUUUGAAUUCUCGUGAAAUAGCGUCUUAAUUGCUGUACUUUGUAUUUUUGAUGGUCACGGUCACACGAAAUUACUAGUACCAUACUGAAACAGACGAUUUAAGGAAAAUAUAAUUCGUUAUAAAAAACUAACUAAAUGUUCUCCAAUAGAGCUUAGAAAACAAUUUAAAUACAGGCAAAAAUGAAUCAAUAGUAAAUUUGUCUUUUACUUAAUGCAAUUUACAUAUUAGUAAAGUGAAUUCUGGCAUAAUUUAUAUUAAAUAUUAUUUUUAGAUAUUAUGUACUUAAAAAUAAAAUGUAAAUAAUAAUACUAAGUAUAGAAUUGCCAUAUUAAUGUUAUUUAUAAGCGCACUGGUGCUAAGUCUGUGACGUCAUGUUUAUGCGAAUAAAAUAUUUAUGUAAUUA